GGUACUUUGAGUUUAUCAACAUUGUACACAUCGUGAGACAAUUCACACAGAUUGACGUUUACAGUUUGUACAGAAACAGCGCUGACAGAACGGGAAUACAGAUGCAUUAACCAUGGCAGGGUCAGAUCAAGGGUCGCAAUGUUAGUCCAUUAAAAAUGCCGCUACUUUCAUCCAUUUAUCGAGGAAUGUGGAGAACUGCUGCCCACACUCUUAGGACAAGAUUAAUUCCAAUCUCCAGAGUCCUGUCAACUGGCCAUGAAGCCCCAUCAGGACUGUUUGAUGCCGAUACCAUCUUUGCACUGUCGUCUGGUCACGGCAGGUGUGGCGUGGCUGUGGUGCGCAUCAGUGGUCCUGCUGCAGCGACAGCCCUCAGGUCCAUGGCUGGUCUCACAUGCCACUUGCCCCCUCCACGCACUGCUCUGUUACGCCGCAUCACAGACCCCCAUUCAAAAGAAGUCCUGGACCGUGGACUGGUUCUGUGGUUCCCAGCGCCUCAUAGUUUCACUGGAGAAGACAGUGUGGAGUUUCAUAUCCACGGUGGUACAGCUGUCAUUACUGCCGUCCUGCAGGCUCUAGGAAGUGUGUCUGGCAUGAGGCCUGCUGAAGCUGGAGAGUUCACUCGCAGGGCCUUUCAGGCUGGAAAAUUAGACUUAACAGAGGUUGAAGGACUCGGGGAUCUGAUCCAUGCAGAGACAGAAGCCCAGAGGAGACAGGCCCUUCGACAGAUGUCCGGAGAUUUGGGGCGCCUUUAUCAGGACUGGAGCCGCAGACUAAAGCGAUGUCUGGCGCAUGUCGAGGCCUUCAUAGACUUCAGCGAAGAUGAACUAAUCGAGGAUGGCGUCUUAAACCGAGCGGACCUGUCAGUGCAGGAGCUGCAAGCAGAGAUGCUGCAACACCUGAAGGACGAGAGAAGGGGUGAGCGGCUACGCAGUGGAAUUCAGGUGGUCAUCGCCGGAGACACCAACGCAGGCAAAAGUAGCCUCCUGAACACGCUAUGCCAGAGACCUGCAGCCAUUGUGUCCCCCAUUGCUGGGACCACCAGAGAUGUUGUGGAGACGGCGCUGGACAUCGGGGGCUUCCCCGUCCUCCUGAGUGACACGGCGGGCCUCAGAGACAGCCGGGAUGUGGUGGAAAGAGAGGGGGUCCGUCGAGCCCGGGAAAGGGUGGAGCAGGCCGAUUUGACCCUGGUGGUGGUGGACUGUGCUCACCUGCCUCUAGAUGGAGGAGGCGCUGUGGCCUCCCUGCAGGGACACCUCAGGAGUGUGUUGCCCUCUCAGCAGCACCCCGACACAGACAAGUGUCUCCUGGUGCUGAACAAAGUGGAUCUGCUGUCUGAGACGCAGAGAUGGAAGCUGAAGGAGGAGCUGAGUGGAGUCUAUGGACUGCCUCCCGUCUGUCCGAUCUCCUGUCAGACUCACCAAGGACUGAAGGAUUUCCUCACUGUCCUGCACAGCAGAGUCCAGACGCUAUGUGGCGACCCUCUGUCUGGCGGCCCCACGCUGACCCAGGCCCGCCACAGGGCCCACCUGCAGCAGUGCGUGGCGUCCCUCGCUCAGUAUCAGCGGUACCGAGACUGCGACCUCGCUCUGGCAGCCGAAGGCGUCCGGCUGGCCCUCACCAGCCUGGGCCGGAUCACUGGACGGGUCGGGGCAGAGGAGAUCCUGGACAUCAUCUUCAAAGACUUCUGCAUUGGAAAAUAGAUAAGAGUGCGAACACGAGGGCCGUGGCAUCGCGGCACACUUGCACAGGAAGUGUGCGGUCCCGCCGUUUCACAGUAUCAGUGGAGAGGACGGGACAAACAGGGCACCUCCUCGGCUCUGUGCCAGACUAAAGAAUAAAGUUCACAUUCUUGGCUGCAGAAUACCACAAUUCCCCCCGGCACAUAAAUGUUUGUUUUCUGUGUGAAAGCUUUUUAUCUGACCGAAAUAUUUUUAGCUUGGUGGCAGGUGCCUCAGAGGCCCAUUGAAAUGGACAUGUGUUUGGCAGUUCUUGUCUUGUAAUCUAAUAAUAGUUGUGGAACGUCUUUGAUAAGUGAAUAUGGGCCCUCUGGGCUGCAGCAUCACAGCCAAGAUGUUUUAAAAUAAAACGGCAUACCACUGCGAGGUCUAGGAUGUUUACUUGUUAUACAGGGAAGGGAAUUCUUAUUGUUUUGUUUGUUCUGUUGUGGGGAGGAGCUGGGAUAUGAGACUGUGUCCAGUCACUGCACACAGGCUGCAGCUGAAUGGAAAGCAACUAUUAUAGUGCAACAGCCUGUGGGAAUGGGAAGCAUUUCUUACACAAUAUGUUCCUUCCUUUUUAUUUUUUUUUAUUAAGGUACAGGUUAUUAAUGGCCAACCCUACUAAAGGCGUAAAAUAAUGGCAUCUUGAAUUGUAAGGGAAUGGUAUUAACUACUAGUUAGCUAGUUAAAGCAUCAAUAAUACAGUCAAAUACAGAUACACAUAUUGGAGAUCUGCAGAGGUUGUAUGUCUUGGUCUGGAAGCACCUUCGGUUCGCUCCAACAGACCAAGAAGACGUCGGCUGGAGUUAUUUUUUUCAGCAUACUCCUGCUGAAUUUCAGCCAUGGUGGCCUUACUGCUUCGAGUUUGGUGGUUCUCUGUGUCUUUUCUCUUCACUCUUUGUUUCUUUCCUCAGUCCAAAGUACCUGUUAAGUUAAAUGGUAACACUGAUUAGCCUUCAAGUGUAUGUGUGUGUGUGUGUGUGUGUGUGUGUGUGUGUGUGUGUGUGUGUGUGUGUGUGUGUGUGUGUGUGUGUGUGUGUGUGUGUGUGUGUGUGUGUGUGUGUGUGUGUGUGUGUGUGUGUGUGUGUGUGUGUGUGUGUGUGUGUGUGUCCAUUGUCACCUGGGAUCAUUUCCAGCAUGCUGCUACCCUGAUGGGGAUAUGGAGGUAUAAAAUAUGGAUGAAUUCUCUGUUUGUCUUUUUCUCAGUUGGUUGGUUUCCUUGAUUAAAUGGUUUGCUGUUUGACGACUUUGUUGAUUAUUUAAUGCCUCAGAUGGUCUAUUUGUUAAUAACCAAGUAUUUUUUCUUGGGAUUAUUAUACACAAUAGUAUCCCGGACAAUAAACUAGAAGUACUCCUCAAUACUACGAGGUGAAUUUAAUACAACCUCGCUGCUGAAAUAAAUGUGAAAGUGCUUUUAUUUCGCUUUUUUUUUUUUUUUCUUGAAACGGCACUUUCAGUCCAGCUGCACUGGAGAGCAAAAGGCAGACAAUAUGUGGAGAAAGUCAGCCUGACCUCACUCCCCUCUGUGGGAAAGCUGCGUUUUUGGAGGCAUUGCUGUCUGUGGCCUUUGUUCCCCUGUCAAUCGGCCACGAUCAAAUAUUUAUGUUUCCUUGUUGAACUCCUCACCCGUCUUCCCCUGACUGGUUUCUUCUCUCCCAGUCUCUGACGACAUUUGCCCAGUGCACGGCAGCCUCAGCCGCGGUGCCUCUGCCUAUUUGUCUCUCGCCUCUCCACCUGACCUUUCCUCUUUCCGCAGAUCUCUGCCAGCCUCAGAUUCUUCUUUCAUGUUCUCUGUGAUUAAUUACAACUCAGGGGAAGUUUAAGCUAAAAGUGGGACACACAGAUUAGUGGUAGUAAAUUUUGAAGUCUUUCCUUUGAAGUGUUGCCAGUGUGUGUGCAGCAUCCUCAAGAUUGCACUGUUUACUACAGCUCUGUGACAUUUUGUUAGAUAAUGAAUGUCAAUGCAGGACUGACUCAUCUGUCAUAUUUGACAGCUUACUUUCUGGAAAAAAAAGAGAGAGCUUGCCUUUUAGCCAUGUUAUCAGCAUGUUUCACUUAAUGCCAGCAUUUGUUGUUCAUUAAACAAAUAAAAGUCACACUGGAAGCAUCGCAAGUUUGUCAUGCUAGUCUCAGUAUUCUUUGUUUUGUUUAGUUUUUGAUUGUCACAUUGUGACAAAGCCAGAAUGAGAGAGGUGCAGAAAGAUUUUAGGAGGAAUUGGCUAAAUUGGCUAAAAUCAGGUACAAGGACAAGGCGGAGUGAAAAUGAACAUCAGCUAAACACAAAAGAGGCAUGGCAGGUUUUAAACAUCGUGAUUGUCAGAUCAUCCAAGCCUGCGGUGGCUGACUGCCCAGACUCCACCUCUCUUACAGAACAGCUCAACGCCUCAUCAGCAAAGACAUUUUAACCUUUGUUUAUAAAACAGUUCAGUUUAAUUCAGCUUUAUUUAUAAAGUACCAGUUAAGACACAGUCAUUUCUUGGCACUUUAAAAGGAAGAAUCUUUUGCAGAACCAGACUCAGAGGUGGUGGAUUCCUGCUACUCCAGUUGGGAACCUGGUUCCUGGUUCAACCUCCACUAAACAAAACGCUCCCGAAUAACAAAUCAGGGCAGUAAAAUUGCUCAAACAACCGAACCCUCUCUGUGUUGAACUGUAUGGACACUCACUGAUGAAGAAAGCCACCCUCAUCAUCACUGAGGACCCCUCAUUUCCCUCCACCACUCCUCUAUGCUGCUGCUGUCAGGCAGAACACAAUAUAGACUGUACUCUGUGUUUGUUUUUAGUUACUGUAUGUGCAUUACUUGUUUGUAUUUAUUGCACCAUGCUUUGUGACGUUUA